CUUUUUCUCAAUCAGUUCUGGGAUUUAUAUACCCAUGAAGCAUAAUGCAUAGCUCAGUGGCCAUCAGUCCCGAAGGAUUAAUCAGACAAUCAAACUCGCCCAGUUGAAGCUGAUUCAGGCAAACUCGGUGAGUGAGUCAAUUAUGUUUGCUUUUCUCUCUUCAAGACAGCUACUUUUUAUCGCACAUAGGAAUAGGAGGACCCAAUUUCAAUUGGGUCUUCUUCAGAAAACUGCUUUCUUUAGCAUCAAAUCAUUUUCUUUAGCUCAAAGACAUUCUUUUACAGUGUCUUAUCUCAUAAACUCAUGUGGGUUCUCACCAAAAUCUGCUCUUUUAGCAUCCCAAAAGGUACACUUUGAAAACCCGGAUAAACCAGAUUCAGUGCUUAAUCUUCUCAAACAGAAUGGAUUCAACGAUACCCACAUUACAAAACUUAUCAGGCGAUUCCCACAGUUUCUUUUAUUUAAUCCUAAGAAUACCCUUUUGCCCAAAAUUGAGUUUUUCCGUUCAAUAGGGAUUUCAACCUCUGACCUCCCUAGAAUCCUCAGUACAAGCCCUGACCUACUGAAAAGGAGCUUGAAGAACCAUCUUAUUCCUUGCUAUGAUAUCCUCAAGAGUUUGCUUGUUGAGAAUGAGAAGGUCAUUAAAACUUUGAGGCGCUCGCAUUGGUCUUUACAAUACAUAACUAUCAGUAUUGUUCCAAAUGUUGAACUUCUGAGAGAAGUUGGAGUUCCUCAAUCCAACAUCUCUUUCUUGGUGACUACUUGUCCCUUUGUAGCAUCCAUCCAACCUAGUAAGUUGGUAAAAGCUAUCCAGGAGGUUAAGGAAAUGGGUAUUGAUCCUUCUAAAAUUGUGUUUGUGCAAGCAAUCGUUGUUGUUUUGACAUUAAAAAAACCAAUGUGGGAAUAUAAAUUUGAGAUUUUCAAGAGGUGGGGUUGGUCUAAGGAGGAUACUGUCCUAGCAUUUAAAAAGGAUCCAAAUUUUAUGCGAUUAUCAGUGAAGAAUAUCAUGAAAACAAUGAAUUUCCUUGUGAAUAAAUUUGGACGGCCAUCAGCAGAUAUUGCUAGAAAUCCUGUGGUUCUGCAUUUAAGCUUGGAGAAGAGGAUUAUCCCUAGGUGUUCGGUAAUUCAAAUUUUGGUAGCCAAUGAUUUGGUCAAGGAUGGUUUAAGCUUUUCAUCUUUCUUAUUAGUGAAUGAGAAGUCGUUUUUGGAGAAGUAUGUGAGCAAAUUUCAGGACAUUGCUCCUCAAUUGUUGAGUUUGUAUCAAAAUAAGAUGGAUCUUCUGGAUGUAGAAAUUCAAUUUGAGAAGGGUUGAUGGGCCUAGUAGUAUGUAUUGGGCCUGGGGCCCGGUCCGAGGAUGCCUAGUAGUCCGAGGAUGGGUAAACAUUAUUAUGGAGGUCGGCAUUAAUAAAUAAAAGAAGGGAUCUAGCCAUGAUGGUCCGAGAAGGUGGUCCGAGGAGGGAUGCUUCCUUGGCUAAGCAAAGUAGGGGUCAGAGGGUACGGUUUGCCAUUCAGAUCAACGUUCUGGGAAUUUCUAUUGAUAAGGAUGCAUGUCAUGGAAGCAUGGGGGCUAUGAAAUAUCUAAGAGAAAAUUGUUGCCAUUGCAUUAAAUGCUUGGUAACUUAAUAUCUAAGAGAAAAUUGUUGCCAUUGCAUUAAAUGCUUGGUAACUAAUUCUCUGGCCGCAUUAAUAAGGAAGUGAUACCUAAAUAGUAAUUUUCAGCUUUACACUCCCUGAAGACUUCAGGAAAGUGCUGAUAGGACAAGGAUCAACACCAACAAUCUAAUCUACACGUGGAGGGUAGAGAUGAAAGGAGGAAGAUAGUAUAAAAUAGAAAGAAGACUCUAAGGAAAGGGGAUCGGAAAAUUGAGAGAAAAACAUUGUAGCAACAAGAACUGUGCUUGUAACCAAAUUCAAGAAAUAUAUACAAGAACUGAUCUUUUCGGA